GGCGCGUGCAAAAGCUGCAGCAGAAUAGGGAGCGAAGCCCGGUGAAGGGAUGUUACGGAUGGUCUUACGCAGAGUGCAUUAUACUCCACGCAGCCCCUCGUGUGUCUGCUGUAAUUGGAUCCCUGUAGGGUAGUCCCACGGCCGCUACCCCCCGCAUCUCCUCCUCUGUCCAGCCCCUAACCCCCCGCUUCGCUGUGGUCUGCCGUCGCACACUGACACCAGGAUUACUUCCAGCGACAGCGUCCUACAAUGCAGGCAUCAAUCCGGGAUUUAUAGAGACACCGGGAUUCGUCAUCGGGGCGUCUUUCCUUAUUCUACUCCGUAUGAAAACAGGUCAGUGAAGAGAGAGAAUCACCCACCUCACCCCAGGACACCGCCCCACGCCAACCACUCACGCCAAGAUGAACUGUGAGGAUUUUGGGGAGGGGGGCAUGAGCGUGACCCUGACCCUCAGAUUGCUCAUGCAUGGAAAGGAAGUGGGCAGCAUCAUCGGGAAGAAAGGAGAGACCGUGAAGAGAAUUCGAGAGGAGAGCGGUGCGCGGGUCAACAUCUCUGAAGGCUCCUGUCCAGAGAGAAUCAUCACCAUCACAGGAGCCACUGACUGCGUGUACCGAGCCUUCGACAUGAUCACCUACAAACUGGAGGAGGACCUCGCUGCUUUGGUAGCCAACGGCACGGUGACCAGCAAGCCGCCCGUCACACUCAGGCUGGUCAUCCCCGCCAGCCAGUGCGGCUCCCUCAUCGGCAAGGGCGGCUCCAAGAUCAAAGAGAUCAGAGAGGGCACGGGGGCGCAGAUUCAGGUGGCAGGGGACCUCCUGCCCAACUCCACCGAGCGGGCUGUGACCAUAUCGGGCACCCAGGACGCCAUCGUCCAGUGCGUCAAACUCAUCUGCGCCGUCAUCCUCGAGUCCCCCCCGAAAGGCGCUACGAUUCCGUACCGCCCCAACCCCUCCCCUGGAACAGUCCUCCUCCCUGGGAAUCAGGUGUAUGACACCUCUGAGUUUGGGUCACACCCGCUGUACUCAGUGACACAGGGAGGUCUGGAUCUGCAGCAGGCCUACACUAUACAGAACCAAUAUGGCAUUCCGCACUCAGAGCUAGCUAAGCUACAUCAGCUCUCUCUGCAGCAGGGUAUGGGAGCUGUGGGCCAAUCAACAGCUUCAGUUCUUCCUGGAAUGGAGCCACCAGGGUCCCAGACAACCUCACAGGAGCUCCUGAUCCCCAACGACCUGAUUGGCUCCAUCAUCGGUCGUCAGGGCACCAAGAUCAGCGAGAUCCGGCAGGUGUCCGGUGCGCAGAUCAAGAUCGGCAGCCAGCUGGACGGUGGCAGCGAUCGGCUGGUCUCCAUCACCGGCUCGCCCGUCAGCAUCGGCCUGGCUCAGUACCUCAUCACGUCCUGUUUAGAGACGGCGAAGUCCACUGCUCUGUCCUCCUCCAUAUCCACCCCCCUCGACCUCAACAUGACCUUCGCCCCGCCCCCCGCCGCGGCCACGCCCACCCCCGCCACGCUGGCGGUCAUGGGGGGCCUCCCGCACACGCACAUGCUGGGCACCCCCUACACCCUGCCCCUCUCCAGCCUCCUGGGGGUCAAGUCCGUCCCCUUUCUGGCCCUCUCCGCCCCCACUGCCACGCCCACCGCCAUUAGCCCCGCCCACGCCGCCGCCCUCGCUUCCUACACCGCAAAAAUCUCCUCUGUCAACGGGAUCAAGAAGCCGGAGAGACAGAAGUUCGCUCCUUACUGACGUCGACCUCUGACCCUCCCCCCCACCUCCCCCCCGACCAGGCACCCAUUUCCCACAGCCGUCCUUGGACAGGAGUGAGGGAGGGGUGGGACUCCCCCCCCCCCCCCCGCCUGCGGUAUACUCAGUCAAAGGAAAAGACAAUGAAAGAGACUCUUUCUCUUCUUUCUUAGUUUGGGGGGGUCUCAACCAUCAAACACUGAAAGGGACUCAGGUGUGGGUGGCACAUG